UCCAGUCGCAGUGCAACUAACGGGGAAUAAAACUGACGCGGAAAAAUAUCAGCGACAUCGGCGUCUCAUUAUUCGUGUCUCCAGCAGUCUAUUAGCGGUUGUUCUGGCUUUUGACACUGUUAAUUUGGUCUCUAUCACAGUAUAUUUUAUAGCCGCUGCCGCUGGGCGCUGGAUGGAUAGAGCGUUUAUGAAACGAACAGCACUAUAGUAUAGAUUCAUCAGAACAUGUAUCAUUUUCAGUCGGGUAACUAGUUAUUAGUUUAACUGGUGGUUAGUUUCAAAUAAUGAUCGCUUAAGAACAUAGUGUCAUAUUAGUUAAGCAUUCCUGUAUUUACUGUUUUUAUUUAUUCAAUGCUUAUAACAGGGUUAUAAAUUGCUAAUGGUUACAAACACACUGUUUUCAUUCCUUCAACCAUUAUUUUUGUUUAAACAAGAAUGAAAACACACUAAUUUUUUGUUUAUUUCAAUUGACUAGUCGGUUGGACUUGAGCCCGCCAAAUACUCUCAAAUUAUCAAAAAAAAAGAUAUUCUCUAAGAAUAGAAGUGUUAGGUUCGAGUUUCAACAGCUGCAGAGAAAAUAUUUAAUAACCAGCUCUUCUCUAUAUCUUAAAGAGAUUAUGAAUUUUAAUUUCUUGAAUUAAUAAAUAUAAAAUUAAAUCAAUACAACUAGUUUCCAACCAAAUUUUUCAUUCGUAUGUAAAUUUGUUUUUUAAAUAAAAAACUCAAAUAGCACAUCAUGAUAAAUUAUCACAAAGGAAAAUAUUUUAAAGUAAUAUUUAUCAAAUAUUAAAGAAAAAGCAAAAUAUUUAAUAUUUAAGUUUAGAGUUUAGUGUUUAGUGUGUUAUGGUUUAAGAUUUAAUAUUUAGAGAGUGGUGGUGAGAUUGCAGUUUAUAAGUUGGUGUAUUUUUUUUUUUAAUAAUUGAGUGUUAUUUAAAAAAAAAAUAUCAUUAGAUGAUAGUUUUGGAAUAACUUUUUAAAAUUUGUUGGAGAUUAACAAAGUGGGCCGGGUAUGUUUUAGAAAAUAACGGCCCAUAUACAAAGUAAGAGUCCGCUUGACCGGUUACCUCGCAACUCUAGAUCUCUUCUUCCAUUUUCUGGUACGACGAUUGUGUAUAUAAACUAGCUUCGAACAGCCCGCGAUAGAUUAGAAACUUCCAGAGAUUUCAGAGACUUGAAUUUGCAUUGAAGGGGUCAACAGGAUGGGACACGCAAGAAAACUCGAAGACGACAAUCCUCCAUCGUCACCAUUAAACGAAACGCUCUUAAUAGCGACUAUGUGCAUCGUCGGAUUACAGGUUCAUGUUCACGUCAAGGACGGCUCGGUGUUUUCCGGCGUAUUCUACACCGCUUCCUUCGAGAACGGCUUUGGCAUUGUUUUGAAGAAUGCGAAAAUGACUAAGAAGGGGAAAAGUAAAGCGAAUGUUGCAAGCGGAAGUGUGGUGGAGACGCUUGUUAUUAUGUCUCCCAACAUUGUUCAAGUAGUUGCAGAGGGGGUCUCGCUUCCAUCAAGUGUUACUGGGAAUAGUGAGUGUGAGAUUGUCGGAUCAGCCAUGGAGACUUUACCUUCUAAGCCUCGUUUAUCUGCUGGAAAGAAAAAUGGUAUUGAAGGAAGGGGAAAUCAUCAUUGGAGACAGCCAGGAGCCAAUAUUUUGAAGCGUAAUGAACACAUUCCUGACGUUCAUCAGGAGGAUAUCCCAAGCUCAAGUCCUAGCUUGGAUAACAUGUCCGAACGAGUUAAACCAAUAAAAGAAGAUAUGUUGACGCCGGAACCUAUAAGUAAUGGUUUUCACGAUGCUGCUGAAAGACCCUCUUCCACUGACAAGUCAUCCUCACGAAGUGAAACUGUUGAUGAAACCUCAGAGUUGUGUCAGGGUAUCAAGGCAUCUUCUAAUGAACCAAUACCUAUCCAGGCCAUAAAAAAGGCUAAGGAGUUCAAGUUGAAUCCAGAGGCAAAGAAUUUUUCUCCAUCUUAUACAAAACGUCUUUCACCGUCUCCUGCUGCUAUGCCUGAUAUUCAAAACGUUGCUUAUAUACCAAGCAAUACUCCCAUGCUACCUGUUCCUGAACCUGUUUACCCAGAAGUUGGAAACAGCCCUUAUAUGCCCCAAACAUCCCCACAUUCCAAGUUUGUGCCAUAUGGUAAUUUGACUGCUGGAAAUACUGUCAGUGUAUUUCACUUUCCUCAACACAUGAUUGGGCCUAUUGUUAAUAGGGCACAUCCGCAGGGAUUCACCUCUCCAUACCAAUCUGUUCAAGCAUCACCAAUGUUUGUAAAUCCAAAUCCUCAGGUAAUGGUUGCGAGAUCAGGCCAGCUUUAUCUCCAACCAGUUUCUCAGAAUCUGGUUCAAGCAACACCGCCUCUUCCACCUAUGCUAUCCCGUCCUCUACCACCCGCACAACAUGUCCAAUACCUGAAGCAUCAAGGUGUAGUUGCAGCUGGUCAGCCGAUGCAGCUAUGCGUUCCCCAACCAUUCACGACGGGUGGACUGCAACCGUACAGCGUCCCCGCCCAAUAUCCGGUUAUGCAGCCUCCUUUCCCGACGAAUCAGCCAAUGCACAUUGCAGUUCCUAAUGGCUUCUUUGGCACAAAGUUUCCAUAAUUAGAGUCUCCCUUUUUUUCUUUUCUUUUUUUUGGUUUCAUACCUUCAUUCUUUGCCUCUCCAUU